UACCAUCUGAAGUGAUCCUCGAUUGCAGCCAAAUGGCCGGAAGAAUUCAUGCAUUGAAAUAGUGCAUGAGUAAGUGGAGUAAUUAAUUACUUAAUAAUGGCUUAUACAUUAAUAAGAGCUUGUAAUGUUUUAACUCGUCUUCAACGUCCUACAGGAAGACGUUUAACUACAGUAUUCACCAAUGGAUUGAUACAAAAUAAUGUCAACAAUUCCAACUGUCAACAGUUAGUGAUCGACAAUGUUCGACAUGCAUCUUUUUUCAAUCGAUAUCCUGCUGAUUACCUCUGGAAAGGGGCAACAGCUGUUAGUAAUGCUGGAAAAAAGAGAGGACGACUAAAGUCAAGAAGACCAAUAAGAAAUUUAAAUAGAGGCCAAGUAAUUGGAGUUGGUAGAGUAAAUAUUGUAUGGCCUGGUUUAAAUGCUCCUGUUCUCAAAGGACGAGAAUUAGUUCAGCAACAAAGAUUGCCCGACAAUCCAGAACAAAUACAGAAAAUUUAUAAAUUACGAGAUACAUCAACUCGAAGAAGGAGAAUAAGAAUUCAUCCUUUACUCAGAGGAUGGACUAGCGCAAAACCUGGAGGUAGAAAAAUUGGACCACCAGAUCCUGUUGGUGAUGAGAAAUUUGAAGGAUUUGAAACAAUUAUUCUACAACUUAAGCAGGUAACUCAUAUGACUGGACAUUUAGGACGAACAAGAAACUGGAGUGCUCUAGUGAUAACUGGUAAUGGGCAAGGGUUGGCUGGAUUUGGAGAGGGUAGAGGGUCUGAAGGAAAAGCAGCAUUGAGAAAAGCUAAAAAUCGUGCUGCACAAAGACUUAUAUUUAUUAAGAGAUACAAUGAACGUACAGUUUUUCAUGAUUUUUUCUGCCAAUUCGGAGGCAGUAAAAUAUUUGUUUAUAAAAAAGGUGAAGGAUUUGGGUUACGUUGUCAAAGAGUUCUGAAAGCUUGCUGUGAGGUAUUAGGAAUAAAAGAUUUACGCUGUAAAAUUGAAGGAUCCACAAAUACCAGAAAUGUUAUGAAAGCCUUUUUCAUUGGUUUAUUGCGACAGAAAACUCAUCAAGAGAUAGCUGAAGAAAAGAAAUUACAUUUGGUAGAAUUUAGAAGAGAAAGAGACAACUUUCCAGUUGUUGUAGCAUCACCAGCUAAAGCCAGAACAUCUGAAGAAAUAAAAUUCGGAGAACUAUUAGAUUUUAAACGGUACGCAUAUGAAGAAGGUAAAGUUCCUUUAGACAAUCCACCGCCACGACCUUUCUACGAACGUUUACCUUCUUGGACUAUCAGACAACGAAAAAUAGCAGUUACUAGAAAUAAAGAAGACGUCAGAGUUAAAAUCAUGGCUGAAGAAGGUGAUUUGAAAAGUUUUUAUUCCGAUGAAUUUAAAGAAGCUAAUCCUAGAAUGGGAGAAAUUAUCAAAAGAAGAUACGAUAAAAUGAAAGAACAACAAGAACAAUAAACUUCAUUUUUGUUUUGUUAAUUUUGUAUAUAAAUAAACGAUGUACUAGAUAUUUUAUGUUUGAUUUAUGUCAAUUAAAAAAUAUUAUAC